AUGCCAUCACCUGCAAAGAAUAGUGAACCAUCCUUGAUACCUCCUCGAGGUAACACCAAUUCCCCUUCUCCCGCUUCGGCAAUAUCAACUUCACCAGCCAUAGCCAGAUCCCUCGCUCGUCAAUCCGGUGCCGCCAGUCCUUCUUCAGCCGGUGCUGGAGGUGGUAGUGGACCAUCCAUACCUAAUAUUCCACCUCGAUCUGGAUCAAUCUCUUCACAAGUUAAACCAAAUUUAUCUACCUCUUUCAAAUCGCCUGUAGGAGGUCUAACUCCUCCAAUUGCAAGAUCCGGAUCACCAGCUCAACCUAAUCAAGGAAAGGAGCCUACACCUAAACCUUCUAGUGAUAGUUUGCUGGGUAGGAAAACAUCAGUUUCGUCGGGUAAUACAACUCAAAAUAAAUCAGCUUUGACCACCUCACUCAAUUCACCUUCUUUAUCUCGUCAGAGUUCAUCGGGAAAUAUCCCUCGUCCGACGACUCUCUCAAGGGAUAAUUCCGGUACUUCAACACCUAGGAAAGGAAAAGAAGUAGAGAAUGAUGGUGGAGCUGGAGACUCAAACUUCUCGAACCUGGCUGAUAUACCUGAUGAAGAAAAGGCAAAAGUGUUAGGAAGACAUUUGGUUUCUGCCGAAGAGAGAGAACAGUCAAAGACUGCUACGCCAAAUGAAGGUGGUGUAGGAGGCACAACCCCCACCAAGGAGGACGGAGCUGGAAGUGGGAAUGCAAGUGUGAAUGCGAGUGGGGUGGAAAGAGCUGCUGAGAGUGGAGUGACAUCGGGUUAUGGAAGUACAGAGGAUAACGAACAGUUUCCUAUUCCUUAUGAUGCCGUUGGAGGUGAUGUGACCCAUGACUUGUACAAAUGGCAACAUUCUCAUCGCCCCGAUCAACCCGUCAGAUCAGCUUCAUUCUCCCACGUCCCCCUGGACCGAUCGGCUAUCCUGGAUCCAACCUUGGCUCACAUCAAAGAGCCCGGAGGGUUCAGACGGAAUUUCGUCUCGACCAGAGCUGCCGAACAAGGUCUGGAGGCACCAAAUAUGGUCAGGAAUGUUGUGGACUUCUUGUUCCUCUAUGGUCACUUUGCUGGUGAAGAUCUAAACGAAGAUGAUGAUAUCGACGAAGAUGAGAUUGAAGAAGAAGACGAAGAGUCUUACCCGGCCAUUGGCUCAAGCUCCGGUCGACCAUAUAACAGAAGACCAUUCACAGCUGAGGUCGAUGGAGAUGCUGGAUCACCUGCUGUUAGAGGUGAAAGAGCACCGCUUUUGGGAAGUACGAAGAGGGGAAUGAGCAUGACUCGUCAUAGACGGACGAAGAGUGGGGCAGCGAGCGGGGGUACGGCUACUACAACUCAAGCUUUGUUGAUGUUGUUGAAAGGUUUCGUCGGUACUGGUAUCCUGUUCAUGGGCAAAGCAUUCUUCAACGGAGGUAUCCUAUUCUCCACUAUUGUCAUGCUUGCCAUAGCAGGUAUCUCACUCUGGUCUUUCUUGCUUCUCGUGGAAGCGUAUAUGCAUGUCCCAGGAAGUUUCGGAGAUAUCGGAGGAGCAUUGUAUGGCAAGUAUAUGAGGUUCGCCAUUCUGAUCAGUAUCGCCGUGUCGCAAAUCGGCUUUGUAGCCGCGUACACCAUCUUCAUCGCUGAAAACCUCCAAGCGUUCUUCAUGGCCGUGACGGACUGUAAAACCUAUAUACCCGUCAAGUGGCUGAUCCUCGGUCAACUGCUCAUCUUCUUGCCCCUCGCGAUGAUAAGAAAUCUGGCCAAACUGAGUGGUACUGCUCUGGUUGCUGAUGCAUUCAUCUUGAUUGGACUCAUCUACAUCGGUUUCAACGAAGGUUCCGUUCUUUCUAAAUAUGGUGUAGCGGACGUGAAACUAUUCAACGAGAAUUCCUUCCCCCUUCUUAUCGGUACUGCGGUAUUUGCUUUCGAAGGUAUCGGAUUAGUCAUCCCCAUCACCGAAUCGAUGAGAGAGCCUGAGAAAUUCCCUCGAUUACUCUCCAUCGUCAUGUUCGUCGUUGCGGUGUUGUUUGCAGGUGCGGGGGUAUCGUCCUACGCUGCGUACGGAAGUGACAUACAGACUGUCGUCAUUGUCAAUCUACCUCAAGAAGACAAGUUUGUACAGGCUGUUCAAUUCUUAUACUCUGUCGCUAUCCUCUUGUCCAUUCCAUUACAGCUUUUCCCAGCUGUACGAAUCAUGGAGAAUGGUAUUUUCUCUCGAUCAGGUAAACAUAACUCCUCGGUCAAAUGGCAGAAGAACAUCUUCAGAAGUGUGGUUGUGGUAUUUACCAGCUUACUCAGUUGGGCGGGUUCAAGCGAGCUGGACAAGUUUGUUAGUCUGAUCGGUAGUUUCGCGUGUAUCCCACUGUGUUUCAUCUACCCACCGAUGUUGCAUCUCAAAGCAUGUGCCAAAACGCGUAAAGCGAUCGUGUUGGAUUACCUUCUGAUUGUAUUUGGUACGAUCGUCGGUGCAUACACCACCGUGCAAACGAUUAGAAGUCUGUUUGAACCUGGGGGUGAUAAACCCAAGUUUGGGAAAUGUGAGGUGCCCAAUGGAAUGUAG